AUGGAGUCGCACGCAGACCUCGUCCCCGUCCGCCCUCCGCUCGCGCUCUUUGGGCGCAAUGUCCGCUCCGUAAUUACGCAGGUCACUGUCCUCGAAGACAUGUUCCCCUCCGGCGACAACUAUACCGUGACUGACUCGGACGGGAGCACGAUCAUCCGCGCCAAAGCCGAGGAGUGGUCGCGGCUGAACAAAAAAGUUGUUUACGACGAUAUGUUACGGCCCCUUGGCGAGAUUAGCAACAAGGCACUGUCGCUGCGCCAGAUCGUCGAGUUUACUAGCAACUCUGGUGAACUUCUUCUCGAGGCUAGCUUUCAUGCUGGUACUAACGGCUUGCCCAGUUUCCGUGCGAAAAUGGGCGAUAAACUCGAAAUGGCCGUUGUCGGCGAUUGGAAGCAACACGCAGCUGACAUCGUGACCAGCGAUGGCAUUCUACUCGCGCGCGGGAGCCACGAGAACGAGUGGAAGGAAGGCGAUCCCGCCAUCCCACAGAGGCAGUACAAGCUCGAUGUGGCACCUGGCGUUGACCUCGCACUCGUGGCGAUCGUGAGCCUCUGCCUCGACAUGGUCCACAUGCGCGUGGAGAAGAAGUAA